AUGUUGUCAGCUCCCGUGUUCGACGUUUUCCGCAAACCCAGAUCCGAUGAAAGCAUCACUAAAGUGGAGUGGCGCACCUAUUACCCACAUGUGAAAUCAUUCGAAAACAAUGAUGUCAUCGAUAUUACAGUCAAUCAAGCAGAUACGUGGCUGGCUAUGUUUGAAGGUAUCAUUACCAUCAAGGGUAAUUUGGUUGUGACCGGAGGUGGUAUUGGUACAUUAACUCACAAUGCUGAAGCCUAUCUCUUUGAUUCCUUACUGUGCGAGGAUACUUGUGUUACACACCUGGAGACUCACGCCAGGAACUCAGGCUGGAACUAUCCCAACGCUCCGAUUCUCAACGCCGAUAAAACGUUCAGCAUGAACAUUCCACUAAAACAUUUGUUUUCCAUCUUCAACGAUCAUCAAGUGGCAACGUGGGGCAAGCAGUCUAUCCGUUUAGUGAAAGCUCGUAAUGAUGCCAACAGUGUGAAGGUUGUCGAUCCCAGAUAUGUUAUAGUAUUUUUCCAAACGAAGAAAGCCGAUGAUUUGCAUGAAGACGUCACCUUGUUCGAUAAUGCCAACAUCAAAUCCAUACGAUUGGCUCUGAAUAGCGACUAUUAUCCGCAAGCAAGAAUGCUAUUGGACUUUUCCAAAGACCAAUAUGCCGACGCUCACUUCAACUAUACAGAGUUCAACAAGAGCUACCAUAACUGUCAACAAAAACGCGCUCUAGUGAAUUUCAAUGAAUUCAAAACCCGACCAAUGUUUGUUAUCGAUUGCUCGAGGCGCCAUCUAGGCAUGAAGUCGUCUACAGUUGACAAUAAGUUGGAAAUUGAAGCGACGACAGGUUUCCUCCCACUCAGCGAAAUUGUUCGAAAUAUCACCUUGUUAUAG